CAAAAUUUCGGUUCGGGGUGACGGGAGAGGUGACAAAAAGAUAAAAAUCAAAAUACAAGCGAAAAAUGCAUUAAAUUAUUGGAAAUAAUUACUUCCCAAGUGAAAUAUAAAGAAAAUUCACCAAGAAAUUGUGAAUACUUUGAAAGAAAUGUGAGAUUUUCAAUGGAAAAUUUUAAAGUGAAAAAUUGUCUAAUUGGGAAGUCAGAUUACAGCUUAAGCAUAGCGAAAAAAUGAAUACAUAUACAUAAGCAAAAAGUGUGUGAAGAAUACCUAUAAGUGUGUGUGAGUGUACGAGUGUAAAAAUGGUAUAUAAAGAGAGCUGGUGCUGCUCAGCCAGUAAAUAAAUAGUGCGGUGGCAGGCGUGAGUGGCCCCCCCUCCCAAAAUUCCGUGAUAGUAGAAGAAGAGUAUUUUUGUUUUGGUUAGCAAAUAAAUAAAUAAAACAAAACGUCGAGCGUGUUGGAGACCGAAGAGCCAUCGUGUGUGUCUCGUGCGUGUGUGAGUAGUGCUUAAAGGUUUCUAUGGUGUAGUUAUGUUUACAUAUUUACGCCGCUUUAGAGCCGGCUGGUUUUUUGUCUAUGGCCUUUGGUAUAUCAUUUCGUUUUGGCGUUGUUUAUAAAAAACGAAAACAAAAUGUCACAACAACAUAAUCAACGUAAACAUUAUCAUAUACAUGCUCCAUAUCAGCAUCAUCCACCGCCACAUGCACAUCCGCCCCCACCAACACCACAAGCAUCGUCCUCGCAUCAUGCUCAACAGCAGCAGCAGCAGCAACAAUGGUACAAUGCACAUGCAAAUAUUGCUCCGCAACAGCAACAACAACAAUAUCAUCAUGGUCUUCACAUAAGGGAUGCGCGUCAUUUGCCACAACAUCCCCAUCAUGCCCCACCACCGCCAACUCAUAGCCAUGCAAUGGCAACUUCUCAUAUGUUUACAAGUGGUUAUCCAGGUAGUGCUGGUGGUGGGGGUGGCAGUGGUGCGCCUGGUGUUAUUGUUGGUGGUACGGCAACGCACAAUGCACCAUCUAUGCCAGUAGCCGGCUCCUCUGUUUCGUCUUCUUCUUCAUCAUCAUCAUCGCAACAUUACUCAACACUAGCUGGUGGCAGUAAUGGCAAUAUAGGCAACAAUCCAGUUGGGGGUGGUGGAGCGGGUGGUGUUAUUGUUGGUCGCAGUAGAGUUUAUGACCUUGAAAUGAUAAAUGCACAACAACAGCAACAACAUACUGGCGGUGGUAGUUCAUCUGGCUCGGCACAUUCAAUGAUGUCGGUGGCCAAUACAGCUGGACGUGCAGCAGGCGUAGGCUUUGAUGCCUAUUCUCAUAGUUCUUUAUAUUCAAGCCAGCCUACGAGUCAACGUCAUUCACAGACACAGCAUCAUCAUUACCAGCAACACCAGCAGCAACAUUAUUAUCAUCAUCAGCGUAUUCCACAACAACAGCAACAACAACAACAACCGCUUCAACAUAUGACUCCAAUGAUAACUCAUAUUAAAUCAGAGCCUAUGGAGCAAUUAGCGAUAACGCCAAGCAUACAAAUGGAAGAAAUUAUUAUCAAACCUGAACCUUUGGAUGAAAUGCCAUUUCACAAAAAUGCGCCACAAAUGGAAAACAAUACAACAUCAUUUACUAUGAAUGAGGAAAGUAAACAUCAACGUAUGGCACAGACUUCAUCACAGACAACAGCCCAAGAACAAAAACAUCAUCACCAUCACCAUACACAACAGCAGCAACACAUUCCUCCUCUACAUUAUCAUCAUCUUCAGCAACAACAGUUACACCAUCACCCUCAGCAACAGCGUCUACAUCUUCAGCAACAACAGCGGCAGUCACAGCCUCCUCCAGCACAACAACAACAACAUUAUUCACAUGGUCACCAUCAAAGGCCUCCUCCCCCACCCCCGACUCAUCAUCAACAGCAACAGCAUCAGCAUCAUCAUCAUCAUCAUCUUCAUCAUCAGCGUCAGAAUGAAAAUGUAUCACAGCCAUCGCAACAACAACAACAUCAGCAGCAACAACAACGAAAACCAUCCAUUUCUGUUAUAAACAUUGAAAAUUCCAACCAAACCGGCAGCACAAGGCAACAGCAGUCAGAUGAAAAACCACAACCGACAACCAUAUCCUUGGCUAAUAUAAAAAGCGAACCAAAGCCACUGAACUUUCCUCGCCGCAAAUUACAAACAGAACGUUCCUCCACACUGCCCAUAUGCCAACGUUGUAAGCAGGUCUUUUUAAAGCGCCAAAAUUAUGUUCAACAUGUGGCACUCUCCAGCUGCAACAUUGCCGAAUAUGACUUUAAGUGUUCCAUUUGCCCCAUGUCCUUUAUGUCUAAUGAAGAGUUACAGACACAUGAGGAACUGCAUCGUUUGAAUCGGUAUUUCUGUCAGAAAUAUUGUGGCAAGUACUACGAGACCAUUGAUGAGUGUGAACAGCAUGAAUAUGGUCACCAUGAAUAUGAGAUGUUUAAAUGUAAUAUAUGUUGUGUAUCCUUCUCCAAACGAGAUGAGCUAUUUUCGCAUCUCUUGGAUCAUCGCCAGCAGCCACGCUAUGAUUGUUGCAUUUGUCGUUUAUGCUUCCAGACACUGCCGGAAUUGGAAGAUCAUUAUGUAGGGAAUCCGGACUUUUGUGGCAAAUUUUAUGACAAAAAUGAUUUUAAAAAUCUAAAAUGUUUUGCCAAGUCUAACAAACAAGUGGUCCAGCGGACAGCAUCAACGAAUCGAUCAGAGAAUCGCACAAGUUUUCUAAUAAAAGAUAUAACCUCCUUAAGGGAACCAACGGAGACCCCAGCACCCAGUACUAAACAAAAGCUUCCAUUAGCACCAAAACCAACACAGGCGACGACGACUUCUUCGGAAAAUUACGAUGAUAUACCCGAUUUUGCAGCGCCCCAUCAUGUAGAAGUUAAGACCGAGAUUAAGGUAGAACCAGAUUUCUAUCCACCCAUGGAACAUUCAGAGUUCGAAGCAUUUGACGACAAUGACUAUUCCAAUUCACAAGACUUUGCCGCCCAGAAUUCCAAUCAAAAUCUAUCAUUUAUGCAAGAGUUUCAUGAUAAUGCCUCUAGUUCCACUACGAAUUCAUCGUUUUCCUUCAAUGCACCUUCCAGCAGUGCAACGGCGGCUACACCGCCCUUGAAAACUUCCAGAAAUACUGAAGCUGUUCAGGAUGAGGAUGCAUUUUGUUGUGUUCCCAAAUGUGGGGUUAGGAAAUACUCAUCAUCCACCUUACAAUUUUUCCCAUUUCCUCGCGAUGAAAAAUAUCUCUUGCAAUGGCUGCAUAAUCUUAAGAUGACCUAUGACCCAAAUGUCAAUUAUGGCAUAUAUCGCGUUUGCAGUUUGCACUUCCCCAAGCGUUGUGUGGCUCGCUAUUCCUUGAGCUAUUGGGCAGUACCAACUUUCAAUUUGGGUCAUGAUGAUGUGGGCAACCUAUAUCAGAAUCGUGAAAGUUCGGGGGGCUUUCCUUCGGGAGAAAUGGCACGUUGCUACAUGCCAGGCUGUCCGUCUCAGAGAGGAGAGACUAAUGUAAAAUUUCACAGUUUUCCUAGAGAUUUGAAGACUUUGAUUAAAUGGUGUCAGAACUCCCGACUACCAAUACACAGCAAAGAGAACAGAUUCUUUUGCUCGCGCCACUUUGAGGAGAAAUGCUUUGGCAAGUUCCGUCUGAAGCCCUGGGCCAUACCCACAAUGAGGUUGGGAACGGUCUAUGGCAAAAUCCAUGACAACCCAAAUAUUUAUCAGGAGGAGAAAAAAUGUUUCCUGCCCUUCUGUAGACGCAGUCGGUCAUAUGAUUGUAACCUCUCGCUUUACAGAUUUCCCAGGGAUGAAACAUUGCUUAGGAGAUGGUGCUAUAAUCUAAGAUUGGAUCCUGAGAUGUAUAGGGGAAAGAAUCACAAAAUUUGCUCCUCUCACUUUGUAAAAGAAGCCUUGGGUUUGAGAAAACUCAAUCCGGGCGCAGUACCCACGAUGAAUUUGGGCCAUAAUGAUACCUUCGACAUAUAUGAGAAUGAAUUGUAUACCCCUCCACCUCCUCCGCCGCCAUCCCAUGCUUUCACAUCGAACAAAGCCAAGAAGUUUGCCGAAAUGUUUAAGCAAGAAAUUGGCUCGACCGCCACAUCGGCCAUAUACGACGAGGUAUUCAUGAACUCGAUGGCACAAAAGUACUCGGGUUCCGGCACCUCCCUAAAUUCAUCCAGUCUAGAUUUGGGAGAUGUAUGCUUGGUACCCUCAUGCAAGAGAACUCGUCAUACCGAAGGCAUCACGCUACACACGGUGCCCAAGAGAGCGGAGCAGCUAAAGAAGUGGUGUCACAACUUGAAAAUGGAUUUGGAAAAAUUGCACAAAAGUGCCCGCAUUUGCAGUGCUCACUUUGAGAGCUAUUGCAUUGGAGGCUGUAUGAGGCCUUUCGCAGUACCCACCAUGGAGUUGGGCCAUGACGAUACCGAUAUAUAUCGAAACCCGGAUGUGAUUAAGAAACUUAACAUACGUGAAACAUGUUGUGUGCCCUCGUGUAAGAGAAACCGCGAUCGCGAUCAUGCCAAUCUGCAUCGUUUCCCCACCCAUCCUGAACUAUUGCAGAAGUGGUGUGAGAAUUUGCAGAAACCGGUGCCGGAUGGCACAAAACUCUUCAACGAUGCCGUUUGCGAAAUGCACUUCGAAGAGAGGUGUUUGCGCAACAAACGCUUAGAGAAAUGGUCAAUACCCACCGUCAAUUUGGGCUGUGAGGAGAUACCACAUCAAUUGCCAUCCGAGGAGGAGAUAGCAGAGCACUGGACCAAGCCGUUUGCCCCCAACAAUGGUGAUGAGCAAGGCGAAUGUUGUGUAGCUUCAUGCAAACGAAAUCCGCAAAUCGAUGAUGUCAAGCUCUAUCGGCCGCCCGAGGAUGCCGAACAGCUGCUUAAAUGGGCCCAUAACCUGCAAGUGGAUGCUGCGAAAUUGCCUUUGAUGAAAAUAUGCAAUCUGCACUUUGAGUCGCACUGCAUAGGAAAGCGUUUACUGAAUUGGGCAAUGCCCACCCUCAAUUUGGGCUCCAGUGUGGAGCACCUGUUUGAAAACCCUCCCCCAUCCCAGUUAUUCUAUAAGAAAAAGGAGAAACCAGAACGCGGCGAUCGCACUUCUAAGCACGAGAUGAUGAAAUGGGCUCCCCGUUGCUGUCUGCCGCAUUGUCGCAAGACGCGAUCCCAAGGCAAUAUUCAACUAUUCCGAUUCCCCAUUGGCAACAGAAGCACCAUGGCCAAAUGGUGUCACAAUAUUCAAUUACCUUUAGUGGGUAGUUCACAUAGGCGCAUUUGCUCCACACACUUUGAGCCAUCUGUGCUAACCAAGCGCUGCCCCAUGAAUUUGGCGGUGCCAACUUUGAACCUUAACACCCACCCGGGCUACAAACUCUAUCAGAAUCCGGCCCGUUUGAAACAUGUAAGAGUGGGCGUCCCCCAACGCCAAUGCAUUGUAGAGUCAUGUAGAAAGACCAAAGCCGAUGGAGUGGUACUCUUCCGCUUCCCUAAUAGCCGCUCGGUAUUCCAAAAAUGGCGCCACAAUAUCAAAAAUUGGCCCAAGGGAAAAUUAAAUACCACCAUGCGUGUAUGCUCCGACCACUUUGAAUCCCACUCGGUGACCGGUAGGCGUAUAUCACCUGGAGCCAUACCCACCUUGAAUUUGGGGCAUGACUCUGACGAUUUGUAUCCCAAUGAGAAACGUUCGUUAUUUGAGUCGGAAAAAUGUGCCGUCAAGGGAUGUGAGUCGAGGAAGGAAGAUGAUGUACGACUGUAUCGUUUUCCUCGUGACGAUGAGGAGCAUUUAUCGAAAUGGUGUCAUAAUCUGAGAAUGACUCCCUCCGACUGUGUAGGUGUCAGAGUAUGCAGCAAACAUUUCGAAGAUGCAUGUCAAGGACCCAAACUGCUAUACAAGUGGGCAAUACCGACACUUCAUUUGCCCCAACCCGCAGAAGGAGAGGACAAGAUAGAGGUGAUACAAAAUCCUCCGCCCGAUCAGAGGUCCGGAGAAUACAUAUUCAAAUGCUGUGUGCCACAUUGUGGCAAGACUCGUAAAUAUGAUGAUGCCCAAAUGAAUAGCUUCCCCAAGCACAUGAAGCUGUUCCGCAAAUGGAAACAUAAUCUUAAGCUAGACUUUCUGGACUUUAAGGAAAGGGAAAAGUAUAAAAUUUGCAAUGAUCAUUUUGAGCCGGUCUGUAUUGGUAAGACCCGCCUGAAUUUUGGGGCAUUGCCCACCAUCAAUCUGGGCCACACAGAGACGGAGGACCUAUACAAAAUCAAUCCCGAUAGAAUAAGACCCAAUUUGUUCAUCAAACGAAAGGUUAUAGAACGCAUGGAAAGAAAACAGUUGCGUCUAGAGGAAUUGAAAGACAACAAUGCCGAAGUCGAGGAGGAUCAACAAGAUUUGGACCAGGAAGAGGACGAUGAUCUGCUGGAUCCCUUAAGUACCCCAGCCGAAUGUUGCGUGAAUGAGUGCAAUGCUCCCAAGACCAUAAUGAGAGAACCCUAUGAUUUGCCCGAGACUUUAGAGUUACGCCAGAUGUGGUGCAAGGAAAUAGGCAUAGAGGUUUCAGACUUAACCGCUGAAAGUAAAAUUUGUGGCCUACAUUUUCAGAAAAUAUUUCGGGGUUUGAAAGACCGCAUGGAGGAGAAGGCCGCCAAAGAUGAUGAUGCAACUGUGGAGCAGACCGAGACGAGUAGCGAGAAGUUCAAAGCAGACUAUAACAAAUUGUUGUACUCUUAUCAAAAAUCGGAAAUGUCUUUGGUGGUUAAUCGCUUUCAGUGUAGCGUUGAGGGUUGCCAUUCUUCAACUGUGCUCAACUCGGAGCUGCGCCUGUAUUUCUUCCCCUAUGGCAAAGAGAUAGCCAAAAAGUGGGCCCAUAACACGGGCAUAAUUCCCGAUGAGCAUCGCCGGUAUCUAAAUAAGGUGUGCGACUCACAUUUUGAGCCGUUUUGCAUAACCGAAACACAACGCCUUCGUUCCUGGGCCAUACCGACUUUGAACCUUCCGAAUACGGCUGCCAGCAAGAAGGAAAUGUAUAAGAAUCCUGAUCUUACCCGCAUCGAUAGAAGGAUGAUAGGACCUCAGCUAUUAAAAUGUGUUGUCAAGAAUUGCACAUCUGAGGAAACGGAGCGCUCAAGGCUCUUCAAUUUCCCCAGCGACGAAGUGAUGCUGCGCAAAUGGUGUGCCAAUUUGAAAAUGUCCCGCCAUCUGACGCCCCUCUACAAGAUCUGCUCGGAGCACUUUGAGGAUAUGUGUUUUGGCAGUGCCCGAAUACGCUCCUGGGCCAUACCCACUAAGAAUCUGGGUCACGAUGAAGCACCCGAGUUCCUAAACAGGACCACCACUAUCAAGCGAGAGGUUUACGGCCGUUCUAGGACGAAUGAACGAGAACAACUGCAGCUAAAACAGGUGAAGAUUAAGAAGUCAUUGGACUCGAUCAAGUGCUAUGUACCUAGCUGUCGGCGAUCGCGUCUGGAACAUGGUGUGCGUUUUUAUCCUGUGCCCAUGCAGGGAAAAAUGAAGCGUAAAUGGAUGCAUAAUCUGCAAAUUCCUUCCACCAAGGCGAGCAAGGUGCCGAAUAUACGAAUUUGUAAUUUGCACUUUCAAAAGCGCUGCAUAGAGGGUAAAACGCUUAAGCCUUGGGCCUUGCCCACCAUGCAUUUGGGUCACUCUGAACACAUCUUCGAUAAUCCGCGGCGUUUGCAAAAUGUCUUUGCAGUGCAGCGUUGUAUUUUGGCUCAUUGCCACAAUAAUGCCAUCACCAAUGAGUCCUUAAGGACAUUUGUCUUCCCCAAGUCCGAAGAAUUUCUGGAAAAAUGGGCUAAGAACCUCAAUAUGGAUGUGGACAAAUGCAAGGGACGCCUAUGUCACGAACACUUUGAGGAUGCAGUCAAAGGCGAAAAGAAACUUAAGAAUGGGGCAGUACCCACCCUAAAUUUGGGUCAUGCAGAAGAAUUGUCCUACGAUAAUGCAGAUCUGCUAAAGAAAAUCCAAUUGAAGUCACGAGAAGAUUCCAAAGAUGAAAAGUCUAAGGAUGGUGAUUAUGAGGAGGAGGACGACGACGAAGACGAUGACGACAAUGACUAUGAAGACGUAGAUCAUGAAGAGGAUGAGGAUUAUGAAGAUGAUUUUUUUGAAAAUGGUGCCGACGAAGAUGGAUUUUUAGAAGAGCCCGAGGAAGAUGAUGAGAUGCCUUCAGAAGCAGAGGGAGAGACCGAUGAGGAUGAUCAAGAAGAUUAUGAUGAACUGAAGUACGAUGAUGAUGAGGAGGAGGACGAAGAAGACGACGAAGAAGUUGAAGAGGAAGAGGAGGAAGAAAUAGAUUUGGACAAAAUACGCAUACGUGGUACUUCCCAGCACUGGACUUCCAUUAAAAUGAAGGAGUUGCGUGUCACCUUAGUACCCAUAAGCCAUGAGGAUAUUAUGGAAAUCUCCCGAUCCUCUUUUGAAAGAGAUCGCCGUUCCGUAACCCCUGCCAGCAGCAGCGGCAUACGUGAAAGAGACCUACGUUCUGUUACACCUGCCAGCGUAGGAGCUGGCCCCGCCUCCUAUGAAUACAAUGAUGAAAAUUCCUCAAAUACUGCAUUGCGCACAGAUAGGCCCAUCAACAAUAUUGCCCCAAGAUGUUGCCUGAAGUAUUGCGGCAAAGAAAAGACUCCAGAACAGCAUUUAACCACCUAUGGUUUUCCCAAAGAUGCCCAUCUGCUACAAAAAUGGUGCGAUAAUUUGGGCCUCCAGCCCGAAGAGUGUAUAGGCCGAGUGUGUAUAGAUCACUUUGAGCUAAGAGUCAUAGGUACCCGAAGACUUAAGCUGGGUGCAGUGCCCACCUUGAAUUUGGGUAACGCACGAGUACCCAAACACACAAAUGAUGAGCUGAACAAAAAACCUAUUGUCAGCACUGAAGUAAUGGCUGGGGAGGCUGUGAACGCUCCUUCAGCAGCAGCAACAUCGACGGAGUGUGAGCAAACCAUAACGCCACCGCCACCCUAUGCUCAAACUAAAACCGGCAAACAAUCGGUUUUUCGGCUAUGCUGCCUCAAGCAUUGCAGACGCAAGAAGCUAAUGGCGAAUAAAGAAACUGCCCCCAAAAAAUCCAAAGAACUUUUAUUCAAAUUCCCUCAAGACCAGGAGCUGCUUAAAAAAUGGUCAGAACAUUUACAUCUGCCGCAGGAAAUAUGCCAGCAAAGAAAAUUGCGAGUGUGUUCCAAACAUUUUGAAACCUCUCUAAUAGAGAAUGGAAAAUUAAAAGCCAAUGCUGUGCCUACUUUGGAUUUGGGUUUAAAAGAAAAACGAACUGUAAUCAAAAAUAAGGUAAUGCCAAAACCAAAAUCAGCCAAGAGAGCACAAAUGCAAACACAAAGUAAGGCAGCCACACCAACACCCUUAACCACCACAGCAGUAGCAUCCACAGCACGUCCUUCAAAACAGACGCUGGACGUUGCCAAAUGUUACCUUGUCCAUUGUGGCCGCAAAGAAGAUGCCGAGACAUUUCUCAUUCGUUUCCCUCAACACGAUGUGAGUUCUCGUCGAAAGUGGUGCAUUAAUCUCAAAUUGGGCAGGAACACCCAAGAGCACAAUAACAUACGAAUAUGUAACCAUCACUUUGAGACCUAUGCCUUCUAUAAACAACGCAAUUUGAAGGCAGGCGCCGUGCCAACUCUAAAUUUAGGCCAUACCGAGCGUAUAAUAAAAAAUUUGCCCCGCAUACGAAGAAAGGUUAGGACCGAGCCAAAGGAGAUGUGCUGUGUUAAGUUGUGUGGCAACUCUGGCGACACCAGGAAACUCUAUGCCUUUCCCAAGAACUCGGAACUUAGACGCAUAUGGUGCAACAAUCUGCAAAUCGAACUGAGGGAGGCCCUCAGCAGCCACUAUAAGCUGUGCGGUGUCCAUUUUACCACGGACAGUUUUGAGGCUGGCACUCAGGUUCUGAAAAUUAACGCAGUGCCAUCUUUGAGAUUGGGCGUUAAUACAGAGGACAAUCGUACUAAGGUCUUGUGUCGCAUAGAGACUGAAGAUCAUCAUUUGAAGUGUGUGGUGGAGAGCUGCCAGAAAUCGUCCACUGUGGAUAAAGUGAAACUUUACCAGUUUCCCCAAGCCAGGGAUCUACUCAAGAAAUGGCUAUACAAUUUGAAUCUAUCGCCCACCAUAGAUGUUAAGGCCACUCGCAUUUGUAAUCGUCAUUUCGAGAAGGCCUGCAUCAAGCAAGGUGUGCUGCACGAGCGGGCCUUGCCCACCAUGUUCCUGAAAGCUAAGUCUUGGUUCUAUCAGAACGAUGAUGAUGUCUUUGAGGAAAAUCACAAAUGCUGUGCCCUCAAUUGCCAUUAUCAGACAAGUGAAGCGGAUGAGGUGGAUUAUAGGACCAUGUAUAAAUUCCCCAAACAACGAGAGGACAUAGACAAGUGGCUGCAUAAUUUGAAGCUAAUAUUUGAGGAGGACUCCUUCCUACAGGAGAUUAAGGAUUUGCGUGUAUGUUCCCUGCAUUUUGAGGACGCAUGUAAAAAUAAAGACCAUCUAUUGCCGGGCACCGUGCCCACGCUGCAUUUGGGUCAUAAGGAUGUGGACAACAUUCUGCGCAAUGAUAUUCGCAAAUGUAGCAUAGAGAAUUGUGUCUGGUUGGGCUUCCAAUGCCAUAGGCUACCCGAAGAUGAGGCUUUGCUAAAAAGUUGGCUAAAAGGCUUGGCCAGUGAUCGAUCAUUGGCGUUAAAUAGUUCCCAAUAUGUGUGCUCUGUGCAUCUGGUCUCCUGGUAUGAACGCCUUCAGGGGGUUGAUUCCGUUUCCAAGAACCAGCAUUUAAGGGAAACCUAUGAAAAGCUAAAAGUUUUACCCGAAUUGCGUAUCUUCCGUUGUUGUGUUCCUAGCUGUGAGACAGGUUUUAAACUAAAUACCAAACUCUUUGAAUUCCCCAAGGAGGCAGCUCUACUGCAGAAAUGGCUACACAAUUCCUCGCUGACUUUCCACAUGCCGGAACGCCCCCAUUUACGCAUCUGUGCCAGGCACUUUGAAGAGCGUUGUCUUAGUGAAAAAAAGUUACAUCGUUGGGCCUUGCCCACCUUGGAAUUGCCAUUCAAUGCCAGCCUGUAUGUCAAUCCGCCCGAGGCCUUGCCUUCGCAUCAUGAAAAUCUUCAACACUGCUGUGUCUCCUCUUGCAAUACAGAAAAGGGGCCGUUUUUCAAAUUCCCCACCAAGUCCUAUGAGGUCAAGAAAUGGAUACACAAUUUGAGCUUGGGGCCCCAGCAAAGCACCCUGAAUCUGAGAGUAUGUCAUAAACACUUUGAAAGUUUUUGUUUAUCCAGGGAUGAGAAGGGUGAGAUUAAAAAACUCAAGAACUGGGCAACUCCCACACUGAAUCUAAGCCGCAAGUCGGACAUGCAUGACAAUCCUCCUGAAAAGGUGGAUUUCUUUCGUUGCUGCGUUUGUCGUGAAGUGCAAAAUAAAUCCGAGGGCAUUUAUUUAUUUAGAUUCCCCACACGAUUGGCCAGUUUCCUAAAAUGGCUACACAAUCUUAAAAUGGAACGUAGCCAGUAUAGGGAUAGCAUGCGUAUAUGUCUUAAGCAUUUUGAGAAUGAAUGCUUCGAUAAGACCUUAAAGUUAUUGCGCAAGCAUUCAGUACCCACCCUGGGGGUGGCCUGUCCACAGAAGGACUUAUUUACCAAUCCGCAAAGGAAACAGUCCAGCAAGUGCUGUGUGACCAAUUGUGAGGGCCCUUGGACUCAUCUGAAUGUCUUCCCCAAAGAUAAAAUACAACUAAAGAAAUGGUGUUUCAAUUUGAAGAUAGCCGAAUCCGAGGUGGAACAGAACUGGAGGGCAUGGAAGCUGUGCCAGAAGCACUUUGAGCCCAGAUGUUUGAAUGCUUUCGGUUUGAUAAGAGCUGCUGCCUUGCCCACAUUAAAUCUAAAUCAUGGUGAUAAGCUGUUUAGAAAUCCCCGAGUGCUCAAACAACAAAAGGCCAAGACUAUGAAAAUCGUAAAGGCAGCUAAACUCUUGACCAAAAGGAAGAACAUCAAAAAAGAGCAAGAAGCAUCAAGUCCGACUGCGCCGCCGCGAACAAAAAUAAAACCCUUGGCAAAGCAUAAAAUCAAAAUUGAAGGACAAAAGCGAAAAGCUGCAAAGAAAUCCAAACUUCCAGCAGGUGACGAAGAAAGUUUGGACAAUUUCCAGACACUGGGCGAGUAUAUAAGGCAAAAGUCCCAAAGCCUAGGCAAUGCUAAGAGAAGAAAAAUAUCUAAAAAAUUCCUGACACCCAAACAAGAACCCGAUAGUCACAAGCCUCUGCUUGAUGUAAUAACUGCGAGCGGUUCCCAACACAUUGAAUCUCCCUCUAUUGAGGAGAUUACCAACUCCAUGAACACUCUGCUAGAUUUUCAAGUGAAACAAGAGUUUCUGGAUGAAGAUGUUAAACUGGAACGACCUCCUUCUGGUCCAAAACUUUUGGGUAUGACCCAAAAAUGUGGAGUUUUAAAUUGUCUGAAUACCACCAGCACUCCUGGUUGCGUGUUAUUCAAAUAUCCCUCAAAUAAUCGUUUACGUUCCAUAUGGGUACGCCAUUGCCAGGAGAAAUGUAAAUAUGUCCUGACGCUGAGUAAGAAAAGGAAAAUCUGCUUUGAGCAUUUCGAAAAGAAAUUCGUCAUAGACAAUCGUAUUUUGUGGGGCGCUAUACCCACUUUGCAAUUGGGCGAAGGUGUGACUGACUUGGAGGACUGUGAGCAAGUGUUUCAGGAUUUUCGACCCAUGCGUUGUUGCAUGGAGGAUUGUCAAAGGUCUGUGGAGUUGGAUCAGGUACAUAAAAUUGCUUUCCCCCGGGAGCAAGAGCUGCGUCAGAAAUGGUGUUUUAAUUUGAGUUUAAAUGAGUCCGAGCUCACUGCAGAUCAUUGGUUGUGUCAUAAACAUUUUGAACGUCGUUUUGUGAAUUACAAGCGGCGAAAUGUUCACUCGGGAGCAGUGCCCACCCUAUUGUUGGGGCCCCGACCACCACCAGAAGAGCAGCGUUAUAAAAAUCCCGAAUACGUUAGUCAGCAACAAUUCAUGAGUCAACUACGUCAGACCUGCUGUGUGGCAAACUGUGCCAACACCAAGCAAACUGCCGGCACCCGCUUGGCCGCCUUUCCCAAGCGCAAGGACAUCUAUGACAAAUGGCUACACAAUCUGGAUUUGAAAGAUUCGUUGGAGGUGCGCAGUUGUUAUCACAUCUGUUGGCAACACUUUGAGGAGGUUUGCUAUACGAAAUAUAACUUUCUUAAAAUUGGUUCCAUACCCACAUUGAGAUUAGAAAAGCAACAUGAUUUAAUUCCUUUGGAUGCCAGCCAAUUGGUCGAUGUGGAUUUAUAUGGACAUAGAAUCAAAGUUCCGAUCUUACAACCGAAAUAUGAAUGUGCCCAUCCGGAAUGCACCGAGGCCAAGUCGCAGGUAUUUAAGGCACCCCAAAUAGAGGAGAUCAAAAAGCUAUGGCUGGAGAGCAUAGGUGUGGCAAUGCCCCUUGCAGAACAAGAGCAAGAAAUCAAUUUUUGCGAUGAGCAUUUCUAUAUUUUAUACAAGCGCUUCGAGCAGCAUUUACUUCAAGUCAAUGGGGAUGAGUUCAAAGGUGAAUUGCAUAGCCUUAGCAAAACCUAUCGAACUUUGGCGGAGAGAAACAAAUUUUUCUCCAAGCAUUGCCUGGUGAAACAAUGUCCCACCGAUUGGCAUUUUAAGGCUUACAAAGAAGUCAAACUACACUGUUUGCCCUUGAACUCGGAACUCUUGGAUAAAUGGUGUCACAAUUUGGACAUCGACGUGCAAGAGAUUGAUAAGAAUAAAUGGAACUAUUACAAGGUAUGCGAAAGGCAUUUUGAGAAUUAUUGCUUUACCAAACGUGCCCUGUUCUCCUGGGCUUUGCCAACUCUAAAUUUGCCUCCCAGUCGGCAUCCUGAGGAUAUUAUACAAGUUGAUGCCGAGGAUAAAUUUGCCUAUACCGGUGAAUGUUGUGUCAAGACGUGUGUCAAUGCCCAAGGCUAUACGCUGGAGUCCAAGACAAGACUGUAUAAAUUCCCCGAAAAUCGUGAAAUGUUGGCCAAAUGGCUGCAAAAUGUCAAAUGUGAACAUUUUCAACCGCAAGAAACCAAAAUAUGUGGUCUUCAUUUUAGCAUACGUUUUUUAAAAAAGCGAAGAUUAUUGGAAACAGCCAUACCAACUUUAAGGCUGGGCCAGCCAAUAGCGUUGGAUGAUAAGCACAGCGUUGGUGAAAGGGAAAGUGUGCAGCAUGUUGAAGAAGAAAAGUCUAAAGAUACUGUUUCAAGGUUUACUAACGAUGAUGAUGAUGAUGAGGAUAGGGCUGAUGGCCAGGCAAUGGGUUGGAAUGAUCAUGAUUAUUGCCAUGAAAAAGCAAUAACCCGUACAGAUAAGGGUUCAGCAGCAUGUAAUGAGAAAUUCGAAAUUAUAGCCAUUAAACAAGAGCUCAUUGAAGAUCAAUAUGGUUUGGGCGAAGAAGAAACCUCGGCCGCCGAAUCAACCACCAUUAAAGAAGAAGUUUUAGAAAUCGAAGAUGAAUAUUGCCAAGAAGAUGAGUUCAUAGAUGAUAACGUGGCAGGGCACAUAACCAUAGCUCCUGCAACCACCAACUUUCCGAGCCUGGUUAUAUCUGAAGUAAAAUCGCACAUUUUCCUUUGUUGUGUGCCAAAAUGUUCCAAUUCCUCGGAGACGCGUGGCAUUAAGCUCUAUACCGAAUUUCCCCGCGAUUCAGAGAUUUUCAUAAAAUGGUGUUUCAACAUCAAAAUUGAUCCUCGCAAUUACAAGGAGAAUCAAUACGCCAUAUGCAGUCAACAUUUCGAGGCCAUGUGCUUUAGUGAUGCCGAUUUGGGGCUACAUUCAUGGGCAGUGCCCACGCUCAAUUUGAAUUUGGCAGAAAAUGCUUUCAUCCAUCAAAAUGAUCCGCCCAGUGAGCAAUGCAUAGUCUACGGCUGUAUACAGCCCCUAAUGCCACUAUAUAAGUUUCCUUUGCGUUUGGAUUUGUGCCAGAUGUGGUUUGCAAACUUAAAAUUGGAUUUAACCGAUUAUAGGGCUCAAAAUUAUCGCAUAUGUCGUAGACAUUUUGUGGCCGAAUGUUUUGAGGGUAGUCAUCAUAUGCUAAAGGCAGAGGCCAUACCCACUCAAUGUUUGGGGCAUGCCGAUGCCAUAGCCCAUUAUAAUAUUUUUGAGGCCAGACCUCGCGAUCAGGAGGCAGGAGGAGUAGAUGGAAAUGGAAUAGGUGGUGGAGCUGUGGGCGGCGCCUUGGCUGCUGGCGAUAUAAUGGCUGGUAUUUUGGGCGGAGGUCCCGACAAUAGUCGUGGCAGUAGCCAGGGUUCAUUGGUGAGGCCUUUGAUAUCGCCUCAUGAUUUAGAAGAUCAUGAUAGUAGUUAUUAUGAAGAUUUCGAAGAAUGUUAUGGAGCAGAGGAUGAUAACAAAAUGUUCACGGAGAUGGAAAUAAAAGAAGAACCCUUGGAUGAAAAUGAAAUUCAACAGGAAAUGUUCAACAAGCGUGAAGAAGCAGCGAGUUUAAUAAAGCAUCAGCAGUUGGAAAUAAAUGUGGAUAUUAAAAGUGAACCUCCUGUUGAUUUUGAUGCCUUGACGGGUGAACAUUUCCAUAUUGUCGAAGAACAAGAUCAAGUUAUUACUGUGAGUGCAGCUGACAUGAAGACACAAGAUGAAAUACAGUUCAUACAAAAGUUUCAAAGCUCAGCGCACCCUUCAACUGUUGACACCUGCCCAAAAUGCUUAAAAAACUUUGCCCAUAUUUCUUCAUACUUGGAUCACACUCGACGUAACAAUUGUCUAGAGAAACGGAAAUGUCCUGCAUGCCCCUUAACCUUUAUCGAUAUUCAAUCAUUGCAGAAACAUUUGGAUAUGCAUCGCGAUAAUUUGUUCUUUUGUUCCGGUAAUUGUGGAGAGAGUUUCAAAACAUUGCCUUUGUGUGAGGAUCAUGAAGCGCGAGUACAUAAAAUUCAUAAUCCACCAAAGAUACGUUACAAACAUUUCUGUUCCUAUUGCCGUGAGGGUUAUAAAACUGAAUUGCAACUGCAUGUUCAUUGGUUGCAAAAAGAUAUGGGAUGUGGAAAACUAAUGCAACAAAUUGCUACUGCACUUUUCGCCAUAGCUUCCAAUGACAUAAGUAACAAUAAUCUACAUAACACGACAUCAGAAAGCCACAACAAAAACACAUCUAGUCCCAGCAAUGUGACGCCAACAGCUUUAUCAGUAACAAAACUAAGACUAAAAUCCAGUUUACCGCCAUUGCCAGCAAAUAAAAGACCCCUUGAGAAUGCUGUACGCGAUCCACAUGAUCAGAUGAAACGCAGAAAAUUUAUGCAUGAUAUGAAGAACAAAAUCUUAAUGGAGCCCAAUCAAAUGCUUGAUAUAGCCGGUGAAAUGGAAAUCAAAGAAGAACCGCUGGACGAAGAAGAUAUUAUGAAUACAACGCCUAUAAACCCAGAGGUUAUCCUAAAAACCGAAGAGGCAGAAAUGGAUGAAACUAAAAAUGAUGUAAAUAUACCCAAAAGCCAUAUGGGCAUGAUGUCAUUGUUAAUCAACGAUAACAAAGCGCUGAAUCCCCAAUUCCAAGGGAAAAUCAUGCCUUUAACAGUACCCCAUAACAAUGGCAGCAGUUUGGCCAAAAUACCAACACCACCAGCACCAUUGCAAAUGCUUAAUCCAUCAGCCAAUAACAUUAAUAAUAAUGUAUUGUUGAACAAUAAUUUAAAAUUUUUGCCCUCGAUUAAGACCGAAAAGCUUAACAACAUUGUUAUGCCCAUCAAUGGAAAUAAUAAUAGUCUGAAAAAUAUAACAAAUCUAAAAUUAGUGCGCCUAACUCCAGCAGUUCCCUUUAGCACUGGUGCUGCUUUUAACCCCACAAUGUCACAAAGUGUGCAAAUAAUACCCUUACAGCAGCAACAGCAUCAACCGCAACAGCAAACAUCAGGAAAUCAAACACAAGCGGAUUUUAAGGUGAUACCGGCACCUAAAAUGUCUUUACAGAUUAUAAAGCUCUUGCCCGCCAAUUCAAUGCAGUUGGUCACUUUAAGAAACGAUCAACAGCAGCAAACACAGCAAAACCGCCAAAUUAUAAACAACUUUCACAACAAUGUUCAGCCCUUCAAUAUAGUGAAAUUACAUAAUGGACAAAGUAUACUGCUUGGACCAAGCAUUCUUCAACAACAACAACAACUGCAACAACAAACAUCUACAACUCUACCAAAUAUUCCUACUUUUCUGGGACAAAGUAUUCUUGCACAAUCAUCCGCAGCAACUCUACCAACUUCCCAACAACAAAAGACGCCAAAUUUCCCACCAACGGUAAAUGCCAUAAAAUCAUCGCAAACUACCAACACAACUAUUGAUGAAAAACCUGCUGUAUCCUUCACCUUAGAUUCCUCCUCAUUGCCUAGCAAUGAAUUUAUCAAACUUCACACUGAGGCUAUGCAAACUGCCGAAAAACAUCGCAUUCAAUAUAUAUCGAAAAAGAAUUUAAUAGCCAUUGAAAGUUUGCCCGAGAAAAAACAAUUGAUUGAUACCAUGAAACAGCAGAUAGCCAAAGUGGCUGUGGGUGGUGAUACUAGUUUGGAGGAGCCACCUUGUGGCAGCACUCCCUCACCGCCACCACUCUUGAAGAUUACCAAAGAUGUCACCAGCACCAUGAGUACACCAGACACCCCGCCCUCUAUGUAUUUGCCCAUUAUGAGUGCGCUUGAUGUGGAAUUGGUUGAGGCACGUUAUAAACAUCCUAAUUUUGUUUAUCGUUGGAUUUGUCCCUAUUGCCAAAAAGAUUAUGAUAUAAAACGUUGCCUCAAGAGUCAUUUGACUAAAGCGCAUAAUUUGACCUCGCGGGAUAUGGAUAAAAUCAACGUGCAGGUUAAGGCGUUUAGAAAUGAAGAAAUUAUAAUAGAUCCUGAACCUUCACACAAACCAGAAGAGGUUAAACAAAACCUACCGCCUACUCCGCCGGCGGAAAAAACAACAGAAAUUAAAACAAAAAUAAAAAUUACAGGUCAAAUGCAGGCCGAAAUCAAAUCAGAAACACUGGCCAGCGAUUCAAGUGUGGAACCAAUAAAAAUGUCAGCAUUGAAAACUGUUAAUUAUACACGUUAUGCAUGUGAGAAAUGUGGUCGCAAAUGUUCUUCAAAGACUAUGCUGAAUGAUCAUAUUUCGGCCAACUGUAGUCGAGAGCCACAAUAUCCCUGUAGGAUAUGUCCCAAGAAAUUCUAUUCGUACAGUACUCUUCAGUGCCAUAUUACCAUACAUACGGGUGAGCUACCGCACAAAUGUAAUUAUUGUGAUAAACGUUUUCGUACCAGAGGUCAGGUGACCGUCCAUCAUCGCAUUCAUACAGGAGAGAAGCCAUUUGUGUGUCAGGUAUGUUCCCAACGUUUCACCCACCGGGAGACUUUGAUUGCCCAUUUAUCGCGUCACAUUGGUAUGAAACGUUAUAAAUGCUAUGGCUGCGAUAAACAUUUCUCUUGUAUCAGUGCUUUGAAAACUCAUCGUGAUAUUCGUCCCGAAUCUUGUGGCAAAGUGAAAUUUAAUCCCCGAGCCAUAGGACCUCGAGUACGCGUUGUGCGUGGCAAUGUGAUAUUUGAACCUCAGCCCGAAAUAAAUCCUUAUUUGCGUUCCGAGGACCCUUCUAGUGUGCUGGCUGAACUACAAAACCAACCAGAGAGUGUUAACUAAUAUGAACCUGCAAUGCAUUUAAAACUGCUCAUUUGAAGUGUAUUUUUUCUUAAUAACUAGUGUAGGCGUUUUAAAUUUUACAUGCAAGGUACCUGUAUGUAUUUCGAAUAUUUGUUUUUAUUGGCAAUAGAAUGUUUGCUGUAUUGCUUUGUAUAUUAUUUGUUUUUAAUUAUAAGGAUUUUUUAAUUGGUACCCAUGCCGACCCAUGUAUAGUUUUAGCCAUUAAGUGUUGUCAACAUGACAAAUCGUUACUUGUUGCUGCACAACCGCUUUGAGUUCUGUUUUGAAUCCUUGGCAUUACAUUGAAAUUGAAUGAAAUAUUUGUUUAUAAUAAAAUAAAAUAUUAAAUUAUUUUACAUA